AUGAGCGAGGCAGCCAAAGAAGGAAGCGUAGAGAAGAUAGCUACCUACAGCACACGCACAGACAAACGCAAACGUAAACGUGCUUCUCUGUCUAGCGAAUACGAGGCUGCGUCUGCUGGUACAGACGGCAAGCCCAUGCCCGUGUCCAUCCCUGCGGUGUCGAGUGCAGUUUCGAGUGCGCAAGUAGCGAGAGAAUGGCUGCUUGACAACUUCGCGGAAUGUGAGGGAUGUGAGGAUUCUUCCGUCCCCCGCCAGCAGGUCUACGCGUCGUACACAUCCUUCUGUGUCUCCCAUAAUACUCCACCCGCCGCCUGCAGGAUUUUCGGCAAGAUCGUACGCAAACUCUUUCCCCAUGUCUUUAUUAGGCGAUUGGGUAGUCGAGCUGUUAGCAUUUACCAUUACUGCGGCAUCACUCACAGGUCGCCUUCUGAGCGAAAACGCAUCGAGAUGCUCGAUUUGCAGAGGGAACGCGCUAUACUUGCGUAUGCAGAUUCGCUGGAGGGAAUUAUGCAGGAGCAGAAGCAAAUUCAUUCUCAUUCUCCCUCCCACAUCUUACCGCCGCUUAUCACAGAUUCUGACAUUAUGACUGAGUACACACUGUGGCUCCAUUCCUCUCACUGCGAACUGAUCGUACAUUCGAUGCGCGUCGAGAAGCUCACAGCUAUACUAGACGAGUUGGAACAUUUUUGGGUCUCCGGUCGCACGAAUCUCAACUGCAACAGCUUUUACACGCUCAACACGCUCAACAUCCCUAACAACCCCGCGGCAAAUGCACUUUCCAGUACUUUUAUUAGGGCUGAAACGAGAGCUUAUCAGGAUGCCGUCGCUCUCCUCCACUCCCGGCUUAUAUACCCUUUGUCGGCUCAGGGACUGGACACGUUCAUUGAUUUUAUCAAGUGUCUCAAAUUGAUGCAUCGGAACUCCAAUUGUCUUGAUGAUAAUAUGAGAGGAUCUCUCGGCUACUUUAUCCACCUAAUGACUGGAUACAUCGAGCUGGCAAAGAGAACUGGUAUAAUGAACGAUGUUUUCAGCGACAGCUCACUCACAUCUGCCAUGGCUACUACAUGGUCCAACUCCUACUCCCUCAACAGCCUUCUGUGCGGUCAAUUGUGUGACUUGCAAGCCCCAACAGUACAAUGCACCCCUAGUGACUGCAAUAACGCAUUCAUAAUAGCUUACUUGUACAGCUUUAGUGGAGUGCUCUCUUCGUUGCACGAAAGCCCCACCAGUUGUCUUGUCGCAUUCAUCGAUACUCUCCUCGACAGCCUUCCCGAGAGCCUCACAACUCCGCUAAAGUGCUCGGUUGUUUCACAGACGCUGGCAAAUUUGACAUUCGACGAUGACGCUUAUUUACAGUAUUUCACCCUUCUGAAGAUUUGGUUCAACGAAUAUGUCGGAAUGAUCGCUUUGAGAUAUUUUGAUGCGUAG